UGGUGCAGCCGAAGAGCUGCGUCUGCUGCAGCUCCGGCUCCCGGCCCGAGGCAGAGAUGGCGACUGCUGCUCAGGUGCUGGGGCGGCGUGUGGCCAGCUGGAGGCUGCGGCCGCCACUGCCGCCGCUCGUCGGCCUCGUUUUCCAACGGGCCCACUCGCUGCUGCCCGUGGAUGAUGCUAUCAACGGGCUAAGCGAGGAGCAGAAGCAGCUUCGUCAGACCAUGGCUAAGUUCCUUCAGGAGCAUCUGGCCCCCAAGGCCCAGGAGAUUGAUCAUAGCAACGAGUUCAAGAACCUAAGAGAGUUUUGGAAGCAGCUGGGGAACCUGGGAGUACUGGGCAUCACGGCCCCUGUUCAGUAUGGCGGCUCCGGUCUAGGCUACCUAGAACACGUGCUGGUGAUGGAGGAGAUAUCCCGAGCUUCUGGAUCAGUGGGGCUUAGUUAUGGUGCCCACUCCAACCUCUGCAUCAACCAGGUUGUGCGCAAUGGGAAUGAGGCCCAGAAGGAGAAGUAUCUCCCCAAGCUGAUCAGCGGCGAGUACAUCGGAGCCCUGGCCAUGAGUGAGCCCAAUGCCGGCUCUGAUGUUGUUUCCAUGAAGCUUAAAGCAGAAAAGAAAGGAGAUCACUACAUUCUGAAUGGCAACAAGUUCUGGAUCACCAACGGCCCUGAUGCUGAUGUCCUUAUAGUCUAUGCCAAGACUAAUCUGGCUGCUGUGCCAGCUUCUCAGGGCAUCACGGCCUUCAUUGUGGAGAAGGGUAUGCCUGGCUUUAGCACCUCCAAGAAGCUUGACAAGCUGGGGAUGAGGGGCUCUAACACCUGUGAGCUUAUCUUUGAAGACUGCAAGGUUCCUGCUGCCAACAUCCUGGGCCAGGAGAGUAAAGGCGUGUACGUGCUCAUGAGCGGGCUGGACCUGGAGCGGCUGGUGCUGGCUGGGGGGCCCCUCGGGCUCAUGCAAGCCGUCCUGGACCACACCAUUCCCUACCUGCACACGAGGGAAGCCUUUGGCCAGAAGAUCGGCCACUUCCAGUUGAUGCAGGGGAAAAUGGCCGACAUGUACACCCGCCUCAUGGCCUGUCGGCAGUACGUCUACAACGUCGCCAAGGCCUGCGAUGAGGGCCACUGCACUGCCAAGGACUGCGCGGGGGUGAUUCUUUACUCAGCCGAGUGCGCCACAAAGGUAGCCCUGGACGGCAUUCAGUGUUUUGGUGGCAACGGCUACAUCAAUGACUUUCCCAUGGGCCGCUUUCUUCGAGAUGCCAAACUGUAUGAAAUUGGGGCUGGGACCAGUGAGGUAAGGCGGCUGGUCAUCGGCAGAGCCUUCAACGCAGACUUUCACUAGCCCAAGACCCCUCACCCCCUUUUCCCAGCACCUAGAGGCCUUUCUUUGCAAGUGGAGACGUGGUGGCUCUCCUGCCCUGCCUGAAGCAGGCCUGCUGCUCAGCUGCCCUUCUUGUGUCAGCCUUCCGGCCUCUGCACGGCUGCCAAGCACCAUGGGCCUCACAGCCGGACCAGCCAGCCAGGACAGCUUCAGUGGCUUAAGAUGGACUCAGCAGGAAUCGGAGGUUGCUGGGAUAGGCCUUGCCCUUGUUCUCUAACUUCUGAGCCCGAUGCUCUCACUUCAGGGUAGGCACCUAGGAGCAUGCAGGUGCCCACCCCUUUCUCUUGGGUGAGCCUCUGCAGGGAACUCUCUCUGCUUAAGUACAGCGAAAGCAUUGCCCCUCUCCAUUCACUGGAACUUGGUACAGGUUGAGUAUCCCUAAUCUGAAAAUUCGAAAUCUGAAACAUUUCUGGUUCCAAGCAUUUUGGAUAAAGGAUAAUCAACUUGUAGACUCUUUUCUGGAGAAAAAAAAUAAAAAACCUAGCCCUGUUUCUGCCAGUUUCUAGAGGCAUCAGCUCCCAGCAGCUUGUGGACAAGUGUGCUGCUGAGACAGUCUGCAGUAGGGCAGAGGGUGGCGUGUCUGUGUGCUCUUGGAGGGUCAGCUCCUCGGCAGCACCUGAGCCUCCACUCUAUGUUGCACUGCCACGACACUGUCCAGUCCUGGCCGUGUGACCAUCUGCAGCUGACUGGGCAGCAGGCGCAGGCCCUGCCCAUGCAGGCCUGGAUUGGCUGGCCAGACUCUAUUUCUCUAGACACCCUGUGGCUAAUUUUGUUACAAUUGCACAGCGGCUGCUGCCAUUUUGUAUUAAACAUAUUGUGAAGCAAA